AUGGACAGCAACAAAGAGCCAACAGAGAUAGAGGAAGCUAGCAACAAGGACAUAACAACAAGCAAAAAUAUCCCAGAGAAGCUCAAAGAGAAGGACAGCCAGCCACACAAUUCAAGGGGAGAAAAAGAGGAACAAACCCAAGGACAACAGCAAGUAGAGAAGAGCUUUACACCUCCACUGCCAUAUCCCCAGAGGUUCAACAAAGAAGCAAAUGAUCAACACUUUCAUAAGUUCCUUGAGACUUUCAAGAAGUUGGAGAUAAACAUUCCCUUGGCUGAGGCAUUAGAGCAUAUGCCUCUAUAUGCGAAAUUCCUAAAAGAUCUCAUCAAUAAGAAGAGAAGUUGGCACGAGAAAGAAACUAUAUUGCUCACUGAAGAAUGCAGGGCAUUAAUUCAAAAGGGGCUUCCACUCAAACUUGAAGACCCUGGAAGUUUCUUUUUGCCUUGCACCAUUGGAAGAUUGAGCAUCAACAAGGCAAUGUGUGACUUAGGGGCUAGUAUCAAUCUGAUGCCCUCUUCUCUGGUGAAAAAGCUUUGUAUAGAGAAAGUGAAGCCAAUACAAAUGUCUCUGGAACUGGUGGAUAAGUCAGUAAUAUGUCCCAGGGGUGUGAUUGAAAACCUUCUAGUUAAGGUGGACAAAUUUAUAUUCCCUGCAGACUUUGUGGUCUUAGACUUAGAUGAGGAUGAAGAGACACAACUCAUUGAUGAAAAGAAGAAUUGCAUGGAAACUAACAAGGAAGACUUGCAGUGGAAGGAAGGAAUCAAAAAGACAACCGGUAAUCACCAUCCAAAGUAA